UCCUUGCGUGCCAAAUGAUGUCAGAAAGUGUCCCUCUUUAGUGAAGACUGAGAUAUUGUUAGCAGAGUCACUAACAUAGACUAUGUUGUUUGAGUCCAUGGGCUAUUCCGUUCUUUUCGCUUCCUCUCUUCUCAAACUGUCGAAUGUACUCUCCAUCUGCUGUGAACACUUGUACUCUGUGGUUCAAAGUAUCAGCAAUGUAUACAUUCCCAGUGCUGUCAAAACUAACUCCAAGUGGAUUAUUGAACUGCCCAUUGCCUGA